GGCUUAAUCCCGCGCAUAGCCCGAGCACUCUUUGAUCAUUGUGCUGCGACUCAAACUGAAUUCUCCUGCGAGUUUUCCAGCUAUGAACUCUACAACGAGCAUGUUCAAGAUCUGCUCAGCACCGACAAGGCCCAGCAAGCCCGCCUCCGGGUGCGAGAACAUCCCAAGAAGGGGCCAUUUGUUGAGGGCCUUUCCCACCAUGCCAUCACUGACAUUGCUCAUCUCGAGCAGCUUUUAUGGCAAGGACACGCGCGGCGCACGGUUGGAGACUCGCCCAUUCACCCCACUUCGCAUCGAGGUCAUGCCAUCUUUGACAUUGCCUUCCGACAGUUCACCAAUAGCAACGGCCUUUUGACUGAGCGCAGCAGUCGCGUGCAACUUGUGGACAUGGCAGGCAUUGAGCGCCUGUCCACCGCCGCCGGCAGCCACAGCGAGACACGCAUCAAGGACAGCGGCACCACCAACAAAUCUUUGACUGUGUUUGGUCAAUGCCUCAAGGCGCUAGCCAACAAGGCCAAGGUGUGGCAUGCUCGUGUGCGGUCGCAGGAUGUCCACAUUCCCUAUCGUGAUUCAAGUCUCACGUGGCUUCUCAAAGAGUCUUUGGGCGGCAACUCGCGCACAUUCAUGGUGGCGGCCAUCAGUCCAGCCGAAUGCAAUAGGAAAGAAACCCUGUCCACGCUUUUAUACGCCGACCGAGCCAAGAAGAUUGUUAAUGCAGCUGUGGUC